AUGUCGAAUUCAUAUUUCUUAACUGUAGCUGAUGCUGAGGUGCUGGAUGCCACUGCAAGGUCUCUUGCUGUGGCUGACACUGACCCUGAGGCUAAGCUGGCAGCCCUGCACUUCACACACUCAGUCCUACUUAAAGAUUUUCCUCCUGAGGUGCUGCUUCAAAGACCUGCACUCAUUAGGAGCCUAGUUGGCUGUCUGGAGGACUCCGUGUGGCAGAUACAACUGGCUUCCCUACAAUGCCUUGUCUGUGUCUCGGAGCUGCUUUGUGAGAAGGCCUCCUCUGAUUUGCAGCCUCAUUCCACUGAAGUCAAACUAAUGACAGGAAAUGGGCGAUUCUGGGCAACAAGAGACCAGCCCAUACAAACUCAGACCAACCACCCCUACUUCACUCUGCCUGCUGAUCCCCUGGACACAUCACAACUUGACGAGCUCAAACCCCAUGAGUUAUCUAUACAACAGUUUGCUUCAUUACUACUCACAUCUCCUCUUGCUUCUCUGCCUGUAUUCAAUAGUGAACACACUGUAAUGAGAACUGCUGCGGCAGAUCUCUUGAACUGUGUGCUCCAGUUACUGAAAGUCAGUGUGUCCGUACCACUACUAUGGCAGUGCUAUGAGAACUGUACAGAUAUUUCACAGAAUGUAACACGGGGAGGUGAUUUAUCCAGCAAUAUUACUCGAGUUUUCAGCAGUGAUGCAGAAGUACAAAUUGUCCAGGAUCUCGUUUCUUCCAUUAAAUAUGUGUUGGAAAGCGUGUCUAUGUCGCUGAGCAGCAGCAACGAGAAGCGCUGCAGUAGCAACGAUCGCGUGCUGGUGCAGCAGCACUGCAGCGCCUUCAUACAAAGCCGUGCUGCACUUGUAGCGUGGCUUCACACCUUCGCACAGCCCGCCAUCUAUACCACGCACCUGGUGACAGUGGCAGCAGCUGAGGCAGUUGUGCUGGCGAUAGUUGACAUUGACAGCUUACUACAACUGCUGCCUGCUCACUCAUAUGUACCCAAGCAGUCCCAGUCUUCCGUCCCCCCACACAUGGAGUCUUCCUCCUCGUCUUCCAGCUGCUAUGACUCACCAACGCAAAGCUCAACAGGAGCGGCGUCUGUGUCCUGGGCACAGGCUGAUCUCUCUUAUUCCUGCUUACCCACUGCCAUGUUUUCGUGGGCAUCGCUCACCACAGGAGAUAGCAGCUUGAUGAAAUCAGAAACAAUGAACGCACCUGAGGAUCUUGUGACGCUACUUGCAGUGCUGGCUCAGAUCGACAAACUCUCGCAUAACCAGGUGUGCUGCAUAGUGUCAGUGAGCUGCAGCCUGCAGAGCUGCGUGGCUUUCAUGCGAUGCUCGAGCUCCAACCUUCCUGCCUUCUUGGAGCUUGCCUUUGCCUCCUUACCAUCAUUCCUACUCCACACCAGCAAGCUCUAUGCUAAGAAACUGCUGGAUGGACUUUGUAAGCAGUACGCUGGUGCCUCAGCGCUGCAACAGUCCUCCAUGAGGGCCAUCUUACUUCACCUCCUCUCCCUCCAUUCCCAGCCUCAUCUCGUAGAUGUUGUGUAA